AGUGAAUAUUUUACCAUAGUUUUCUCGACAUUUAUCGCUUUCAUACGUGCUGUUUCAAGUACGUACUCAUCAACAGGUAGAUUUUUACUAAGAUUUUCAUCAAGUGCUAAACGCUGCUUGGAGGAACUUGCAAGAACAAUUCGAAGUGUACUGAUGUAUGGUCCAAGUGCCAUUGAUUUAGCUUUACGUCGAAUUCUUUUACUAUCUAAGUUCUUCACCAAUUCCUGGGGCAAUCCUGAAACAUUGGCAACGUCGUUGAAAUUUCGAACAAAUGUAAUGUCUAAUGGAGGUAUUAUGGAAAUUGUGGAGCAUACAAAUCCAAAAAUGGAAGCCACCAGUGUUGGGAAUCAUUAUAUGGAAGGUUAUUUUAUCAGUCCAUUAGCAUCACUCUUCCCCGAUUUACUACCUGGAAAUAUUGGGCAAGCUACAUGGCGUGGGAAAUUUUCGAAAAUAAAGAAUGCAUUAGUCAUCCAUCUCGCAGGUACCGGAGAUCAUACGUACUUUAGGCGAGAAUUCGGAUUUGCAAACGACUUGCUGAAAAGUAACAUCAGUUCGAUCUUAUUGCAAAAUCCAUUUUAUGGCUCUAGAAAACCUCGAGAUCAGUUUAGGUCAAGUCUAACAAAUGUUUCGGAUCUAUUUGUUAUGGGUGGUGCAUUGGUAUCAGAAUGCAAUUUCCUUCUUAAAUGGGCUAAGGGACAAGGUUAUUGGCCGUUAGGGUUGGCUGGGGUAUCAAUGGGUGGCCACAUGGCUUGCCUUGCAUGUACAAAUUUCCCGGAACCCAUAGCACUGGUGCCAUGUCUUUCAUGGACUACAGCCUCAACUGUAUUUGUCGAGGGUACGUUGUCGAAAUCCGUCUCCUGGGAUGUGCUAGCAAUGGAACUCCAAACUAAGAAGUUUCGGGAUGGAAUUCGCCAAAUACCAAAAUGCGAUUGGUUGGAUAAAGCUUAUGAAUAUCAAAAAAAUCUGGACAGCUCACCUUUCAGUGCCGCAAAAUCCUUCAUGUAUGUAUUAAUGGAAGAAUUUACCAAUUUGAAACAUUAUCCUAUUCCUAAGGAUACAAGACUGGUAAAAAAUAUCAUCGCUGAAAAUGACGGCUAUAUUAUUCGGAAAGGAGUGCCUACCAUGCAGGAAGUCUGGCCUGGGUCAACUGUACAGGUAAUCAAAGGACUGGGUCAUGUAGAAGCAUACUUAGUCAGUCACACGCUAUUUAGAAACUGUAUUAGAGAGAUGCUUCAGAAAAAUCAGAGACUCUACACUUGA